CUGUCAUGGCAACAUCCUCCUCUUGUUUCAGUCUUGUAUCUAUGUUUGAAUCUUAUCUCAAAAACACAUUCACUUCCACUGGCCUCACUCCAAAAUCCAUCGAUAUCGAUUCUGAUACCACUUUACAUUAUUGGUCACCAAAACAACCAUCAAAACUACCGCCACUUGUCCUACUCCAUGGUUUUGGCGGCCACUCAGUUUGGCAAUGGAGUAAGCAAGUUCAAUGUCUCUCUUCCCAUUUCACUUUGUAUGUCCCUGACCUAAUAUUUUUCGGAAAGUCCAUAACGAAAUCUCCUGAGCGUUCGGAGGUUUUUCAAGCGGUUUCGAUGGGGAAAUUGCUUGAGUUGUUAGGUGUUGCGAGGUAUUCGGUUCUUGGUACUAGUUAUGGUGGUUUUGUUGCUUAUCACAUGGCUAGAUUAUGGCCUGACAGAGUCGAGAAAGUCGUUAUAGUAAAUUCUGCUAUAAAUUUGAGGCGGAAAGAUUCUGAAGAGUUGAUGAAGAAAGCAAAGAUCGAGAAGAUUGAGAGUUUGUUCAUGCCGGACUCACCUGCUGAGCUACGAACUUGUUUACGAUUAAUAAAUCAUAAGAGGUUUCCAAUUUACAUACCGGAGUUUUUGCUGAAUGAUGUUCUUAACAAAUUGUGUAAUGAAAACAGGAAAGAAAAACUGGAGCUUCUCAGGGGAACCACAGUUGGGAAAGAGGAUAUAGUCUCCAUUUUACCUCUUCAACAGGAAAUCUUAAUAGUUUGGGGGGAGGAUGACCCAAUAUUUCCGUUGGAGAAGGGUUAUGAUCUUAAAGAGCUUAUUGGAGAUAAAGUAACAAUGAAAGUUAUGUUGAAAGCAUCACAUACACCUCAGAGUGAAAACCCAAAGCUGUUCAAUGGCAUUGUAAUGAAGUUCUUAUUUGGGAGUACAAAAGCGAUAUAGAACACGCCAAUGUGGUGGUGUGUUUUCGACUCUCCACUUUUUUAUAGCGGUAUGCAUUCGUUCGGACGGAUACGAGUCAUGUAUAUAUGCCCAGUUUGUAUUAAUUAUUCUCCUGUUCCAAUAUAAUGUCAUGGUUGUUCGGUAUAUAAUCACAUAUUUGUUUAACAACAUAAUCACACCUUAUGAUUCAAAUUUAGAUCUGAUUAUA